GCCUUCCUACUUUCCGUAGUUUAUACGUUGGCAACAUGGCGUCUUCAGACGUACACGUCCGAUUAUGUGAACAAGAAAUACUUAAAUAUGAUUUAGAAAUUAAGGCUCUCAUUCAGGACAUUAGUGAGUGCAGCGGCCCUCCAAGCAAGCUCACAGAGUUAAACGGCGAUAUAAAAAAAUGUUUCCAUAACCUCAGAUCAAGGAUUGAGGACUUGAAGCAGACGGCAUUGGAACAGGACAAACUAUCAGAUAAGCAAACAUUUAUGCUUCAAGUGGAGGGCCACCAAAAGCAGAUGCUGAGUAAUCAGACAGCAUGGAGGAAGGCCAACUUAGCCAGCAAAUUCUCCAUCGACAACACGGAGAAACAGUCCCUUCUUAUAAAUGGAACCGAUAACACCGCCAGACAAAGGAAGUUGACCAAAGAGGGGCUAGCGCAGACCACCAGUGACAUUACAGAAAACCUAAUGAGCAUCAGCCGGAUGAUGGCUCAGCAAGUCCAGCAGAGUGAGGAGAGCAUCACCUCUCUAGCAACAUCUUCCAAAACAGUCCAAGAGACCAAUGAAGAAUUUAAAGCUAUGACGGGGACCAUUCACUUUGGAAGAAAACUCAUUACCAAGUACAACCGUAGGGAACUAACGGAUAAGCUGCUCAUCUUUCUGGCAUUAGCUCUCUUCUUUGCCACAGUUCUUUACAUCCUCAAGAAGAGACUCUUCCCUUUUCUGUAGACCGCGUUCCUCUUAGGUGGACUCACCUUUUCACUCUGUGUUGAAUGAAAAAGCUCCCGGCUAUACGGCCCCUCAAGGGGACCAAAAAAUAUCCACAAGCUAACAAAGAAUCCUCUAAUUGGGUUUGAAUUUGUAACGUUAAGGGGGGACAACUCCUCAGACACAAAAGAAAAGGUGCAGAAAAGGAUGGAAAUGGAUUUUUAUGUCCGUGUCAACAUGAUGGAAAGUUUCUAUUUUUAGUAUUUAAAUAAUUUGUUCAAAAAUUCAAUGAUUUUCAUAAGAAAACUAAAACAAUUUCUUAUUCAGCUGAACACGCUAAGGCUGUAAUUCUUUUGAAUUUUUUUUUAUUUUUACAUUUUGAAAUGGUUUAUUUCAAGCAAUCAAGGAAUAAUGCAAAAAAACAAUACAAUAAUUCAUAAUACAUUCAUUCAAAGAUGUAUCAAACUUAGGAAAAUUAGAUUUUAAAUCAAAGAUUGCUUGGAUGGGAGUUGACAUGUGUUCACAGUGACAGUUAAUUAAUAUAACAUAAUAUAUAUAACAUAAUUGAAUUACCGUAGAAGAUGACAAAAAGCUAAAAAUAUUCAAUUUACGAAGGAGUGCUGUACCUUUUCUCUUUAGAUUCCUGAAAGUUAAAACAGUAACCUCAAAAAAUAUCUUUGGAAAUAAUGUUCAAUAUUGUGUAAAUAUUAGCAAAAAUAGACGCUACUGUAAUGACUGUAAUAAUACCAUAGUAAUUUAUGACUGCUUAUCUUACACUUGUUUUAUUAUUUUGUUUAUUUUUGUGAGAAUGUAAUUUAGUUCUUAAAAUAAAACUACUUUUUGUUUUUUAA